AUGAAACAAUCUGAUAGCUCUUCUUCAAGCGAGACAACAAAGACCACGGCAGUGAAUUCAACAUUAUCCUCUGCAUCAAAUAUUUCAAAGGUACUGCCCACUGGGAUUCUAUUUUUAUUUCAGGCUUUCUCUAAUCUUGUUUCCAAUAAUGGAAACUGUACAAAAUCCAAUAAGGUUGUUAUUGGAAUAAUUGUGGGAAUUCUUGGGAUUGCAUGUUUUGUUUUGUUACUGGUAGACACCUUCACAGAUUCUUCCACAGGCAAAGUGCACUACGGAAUUGCUACCUCUAAUGGAUUAGCCACUGGUAGUAAAGUGAAGCCUUCUAAUGAAUCAAAUUAUAAGAUCACGCUCAAAGAUUUGUUCCAUGCAGCUUUGGCGGUUGUGGUGUUUGCUGUGAUGGCCCUAACAGAUCAAAACAUUGUGCAGUGUUUGUAUCCCUCUGCUGAAAGCAAUAUAAAGAAGAUGUAUAAGGCUCUCCCUGUUGUUGUGAGUGCACUGAGCAGUGUGAUAUUGGUUUUGCGUCCUUCCAAUCGUCAAGGAAUCAGCAGUCCCGUUACUACAACAACUGCAUCGAGAACAUGA